UUCAUUGGUCGCUGUGGGUAGAGCGCAGCUUCCUCUUCCCGUGUAACUUUCACUCUCUUUCCGACAGAGAGGAUGCAGUGCCAGGCGGAGGAGGAUGGGGAGUUCACCGGCCAGAAUACAGGAGUGGACUCCGCACUGGAGGACCUGGAGUAUAAAAACUGUGAGAUGGAAGGGAUAGGGGACGCCGACAUGGACUAUGACAGCCUGUCUGAUCGCUAUAUUCCUUACAGAGAGAGGAAAGAAUGGGCAGAUGUGACUCCUGUCCCUCAAGAUGAUGGGCCAAACCCAGUUGUUCAGAUUGUUUAUAGUGAAAAAUUUCGGGAUGUUUAUGAUUAUUUCCGUGCUGUACUUCAGCGAGAUGAGAGAAGCGAUAGAGCUUUUAAACUCACAGGAGAUGCCAUUGAACUGAAUGCUGCAAACUACACAGUAUGGCAUUACAGAAGAGUACUAUUGCAGUCAUUGAAGAAGGAUCUGCGUGAGGAAAUGAACUAUAUCACAGCAAUUAUUGAAGACCAGCCCAAAAAUUACCAAGUCUGGCACCACAGGAGAGUGCUGGUUGAGUUGCUCAAGGAUCCAACAGAAGAGCUUGAGUUUAUUGCAGACAUCUUAAACCAGGAUGCUAAAAACUACCAUGCAUGGCAGCACAGGCAAUGGGUUAUUCAGGAGUUUAAUUUGUGGGAUGGCGAGUUACAGUAUGUUGAUCUGCUGUUGGCAAGAGACUUGCGAAACAAUUCUGCUUGGAACCAAAGAUACUUUAUUAUUUCUAACACAUCAGGAUACAGCAAUCCCCAAAUUCUAGAGAGGGAGGUCCAAUAUGCUAUAGAGAUGAUCAAGGUUGCUCCACACAAUGAAAGUGCAUGGAACUAUCUUCGAGGCAUAUUACAAGACCGUGGCAUGUCUGACUACCCAAACCUUCUUGAGCAAAUCCAGAGCAUACAGCAAACGCACAGCUCCCCAUUUCUCAUUGCCUUUUUAGUGGACUUGUUCGAUGACCUGUUGGAAAAGAAAUGUAAUGAUCCUGAGGAUACGCUGAAGAAAGCGCUAGAGCUUUGUGAACUUCUUGCCACAGAAAAAGAUACAAUUAGAAAAGAAUACUGGCGCUAUCUUGGACGCUCACUACAGAUUAAGUAUGGUUCAAAGAAUUCUGAAAAGGAAGAAAUUAGUCAAGCAGAUAAUAAUGGACAAUAACGAUAACCUACUGUAGCUCCAUAUUUAAUGGUGUAUUUAACAAUUUUUCAUUUUUUACUUAGAGAAAAAUGAAGUCAUUAUUAAUCCUGCACCGUCUAACCCAUGACUGUGUGUGAUAUACCGACUUUAAUUUUAAGGAUAACCAACUCAUCGUGUGUACCCUUGCAGUUGCUGAAAGAGUACCAGUCACUUAAACUCUGAAUAUUGUUAUUUAAAGCCCCUUAAAGUGAAAAAUAAACUGUUAAAGUCAUAGGCGUGUGCAAAGUGCAUGUUUCAAAGCUCCCUAUUAUUUUUGGGGCUAAUUUACACAGGCUUGCUGAAUAAAACCAAGCCCUAUCUUGUGUCUUUUACAGCACAGACAAGCUAUCUCGGUUUCAGGCCAGAUUUCCAUCCAAUCUGAUUAGGUCAGCAGAACACAUGUCAUCCUCCCUUUAUUGCAAGGUAGUAAUGAUUUUUUAGUGGCAUGAGAAGAAAUUGUAGGGCAGACAGACUCAACCUGUAACAUAUUAGUAUUAAGCAUGAUGCCAGUUGUAGCUAGAGAAAGCAUCAGAGCGUUGUCAGCUGGAGAAGGACCAGAGUGCUUCUAAUGUUUCAGCUUUCCUGGCUGAGGUUAAUCUUCACUAAUAUGCCCGUCAUUUUGGUGGGUUUCUGAAACGUAUAAUAAUUUCACCAUGGAAGAAGUCUUUUUCAGAAGUGAUUGGUUCUUUUCAGCUUGUGAUGUUAUUCUAAACCUUAAUUGUUGCUGCAUUGGCUUUUGGAGCAAAAACCUAAAUCCCUUAUUGUAUGUUUGUUAUGUUUCUUCUUACAUGAACUCCUACCGCUUGUACUUAACAGAUGCUAAUUAUUUUAUUAAGAUGCUGCAAUGAUUUGUGGAAGAUGUAGCCAUUUUCUUGCAAUAAACUAAAUUAUAAAAUCGUG